UGGUACAGUGCAACAUCUAACAGCAUACUGGAUCGUGCUAUUGAUUCUGAAGAAGCUCAACAUAAAGACUUCCUCAGGCUGGAGCAUGUUGAAGGAUAUCACGAGCUCUCUGCUAAAACUAAGAUUUUCUUUUCUACUGCUGUUGCAAAAUGGGAUGCCGACUUCUACGUCAAGGUUGAUGAUGACGUCCACGUCAAUUUGGGCAUGCUAGCUGCAACUCUAGCUCGUCAUCGGUCGAAGCCCAGAAUUUACAUUGGAUGUAUGAAAUCUGGACCUGUUCUUGCUCAAAAGACUGUAAAGUACCACGAGCCAGAAUACUGGAAAUUUGGAGAAGAAGGAAACAAAUACUUCCGACAUGCAACUGGUCAGAUCUAUGCUAUCUCCAAGGACUUGGCCACGUACAUAUCAAUCAAUCAGCCUAUAUUGCACAAGUAUGCCAAUGAAGACGUGUCAUUAGGGGCUUGGUUUAUCGGUCUUGAAGUUGAGCACAUUGAUGAACGCACCAUGUGCUGUGGAACUCCACCAGAUUGUGACUGGAAAGCUGAGGCAGGUAAUGUAUGUGUCGCCUCGUUUGACUGGAGCUGCAGUGGAAUUUGUAAAUCAGUAGAGAAGCUAAAAUAUGUCCACGAGAAGUGUGGUGAAGGGGAAGAAGCUCUUUGGAAUGCUCUCUUCUGAUUUGCUCGAGAAAUAAGAGAGUUGAGGAUUCCUGGUGAGACAUGGCUGUCAGACGAUUUCCAUCUGGCUGGCUGUUUUCGAUUGUCAAAAUUUUCCAAUCAGAACUUUUAGUCCAGCAGUUUGUUGUGAAGAGCAUGUUUGUUGUAGAUUAUGUCUCUGUCUAGAUAUACUGAUAUAGAUAUAUGGAUUUUGAAAGACAGUGGCAAUAAUUUUGCUAAUUCUUUUCAGCAUAUCAGGAGAAGAGGACCUUUUAGAUGUGUACUCACAUUCUUUGUGGUGGAGAUAAUGUAAUUUUGAUGGUGGUGAGGUUUAACUGUUAUUUCUU